GCUAGGGCGCUGUAGCUGCCAGUGCCGCUGUCAUGGCGUCGGAGGCGCUGGCUGAGGAGAGCCGGCCGCGGUCUCUAUAGAGCGAGGGGCGGGCGGCCGGGGAUGGAGAGCGGCCCCGAGAGCCUGCAGCCGCUAGAACACGGGGUGGCGGCUGGGCCAGCGCCAGAGACGGGUUCUCCGCCGGCGGGACGACAGGAGACCGAGCUCGCCGCUGGGGACGGUCCUGGAGUAUGGGCGGCGGAGAGCGGCGGCGGGAAUGGGCAGGGGGCGGCGGCCGCCGGGAGGAGCCUCCCAGACCCGGCUCCCUCGGGCUCGCCUCAGGUUCCCGAACCUUGCAGCUCCGUCCCUGGUUUGGACUUGAAGGAGAGCUCUUUGGAGAGCCCUGCUGCCGCGAAGGCGCCUAUGGGAGGGCAGCACAAGGUGACCGUCUCCCCGGAGCCCGCGGAGGCCGGAGCGGGCCGUGGGUUGGGUCCGGCCGGAGACACCGGCGCCCGCACGGAUCCCGCCGGCACCUGCCAGGCAGAGCUGGUGGCUGCCUGCGCCGAGGAGCCCAGCGGUGCCGGCGGCCUCAGCAGCAGUUGCAGCGACCCGAGCCCUCCUGGGGAAUCGCCGAGCCUGGACUCCCUUGAGUCGUUCUCUAACCUGCAUUCUUUCCCCAGUAGCUCCGAGUUCAAUAGUGAAGAGGGAGCAGAGAACAGGGUCCCAGAGGAGGAGGAGGGCGCGGCAGUGUUGCCCGGGGCUGCCCCUCUGUGCAGAGAGGAGGAGGAGGAGGAGGAGAACGCUCAGGUGUUGGCGGCUUCCAAGGAGCGCUUCCCGGGACAAUCUGUGUAUCACAUCAAGUGGAUCCAGUGGAAGGAAGAGAACACACCCAUCAUCACGCAGAACGAGAAUGGACCCUGCCCUUUGCUGGCUAUCCUCAAUGUUUUGCUGCUGGCUUGGAAGGUGAAACUUCCACCGAUGAUGGAAAUCAUAACUGCUGAGCAGCUGAUGGAAUAUUUAGGAGAUUACAUGCUUGAUGCAAAGCCAAAAGAAAUUUCAGAAAUUCAACGUUUAAAUUAUGAACAGAAUAUGAGUGAUGCUAUGGCAAUUUUGCACAAACUACAGACAGGCCUAGAUGUAAAUGUACGAUUUACUGGUGUUCGAGUAUUUGAAUAUACACCGGAAUGCAUAGUAUUUGAUCUUCUUGAUAUUCCUUUGUACCACGGGUGGUUAGUAGAUCCUCAGAUUGAUGACAUUGUAAAAGCUGUUGGUAACUGCAGCUACAACCAACUAGUGGAGAAGAUCAUCUCUUGUAAGCAGUCAGACAAUAGUGAGCUGGUUAGUGAAGGCUUUGUGGCUGAGCAGUUUCUGAAUAAUACAGCCACCCAACUGACAUACCAUGGAUUAUGUGAAUUAACUUCAACGGUUCAAGAAGGAGAACUUUGUGUGUUCUUUCGAAAUAAUCAUUUUAGCACCAUGACCAAAUACAAGGGUCAACUGUAUUUGUUAGUAACUGACCAGGGAUUUCUUACUGAAGAAAAAAUUGUUUGGGAAAGCCUGCACAAUGUAGAUGGUGAUGGGAAUUUCUGUGACUCAGAAUUUCAUCUGCGGCCUCCUUCAGAUCCUGAAACAGUAUACAAAGGACAACAAGAUCAGAUAGACCAGGACUAUCUUAUGGCAUUGUCUCUGCAACAAGAACAGCAGAGCCAAGAGAUCAAUUGGGAACAAAUCCCAGAAGGAAUCAGUGAUUUGGAACUAGCAAAGAAACUCCAAGAAGAAGAGGAUAGGCGGGCUUCUCAAUACUAUCAAGAACAAGAACAAGCAGCAGCAGCUGCUGCUGCUGCUUCCUCCUCUACACAGGCACAGCAGGGCCAAGUAGUACCAGCCUCUCCAUCAAGUGGAAGACAAUCUGGGAAUGCUGAACGUAAACGAAAGGAACCUCGAGAAAAAGAGAAAGAAAAAGAAAAAGAAAAGGAAAAGGAAAAGGAAAAGGAAAAAAAUAGCUGUGUCAUUUUAUAACAAGUGUUGGAUUCUGUUGGAACCACCUAUAUGUCUUGAGAAAACAAAACCACAGGAAGAAAGGAAGAAAAACCGAUAAAUACCGUUUGUGCCUGAUUUCCCAAUGGAUUUUGUUCAUGUUUUUCAGGGGAAAGGUUGUUACUUUGUUACAAUCAAACUUUUUCAAGUCACACAAUACACUCUUUAUGAGUUGGAGUUUCAUGUUACAAGUUGGAAAUGCUGUGUGUUUUCAUUCAUAAAAAUACUGCACUUGUAGCCAAAUAAGUGAAUCACAGCAAAUUUUUGUGUCAUAGUGACAUUCAUAACUCAUAUCAGUUAGAAAGCUAUUUUAUCUUCUAACAACGAAUGGAGGUAAUUGAUUUAGUCUGAUUCCUUCCUGAAAUCUAAAUAUUAGCACAAUAGUUUCUGAAGUUUUUCAAUAAUAAUGAUGAUCUAAUCAAUGAGAUACCAGGGGUUUAAUAUAGGGAUUUAAAAAGAAUAAAAAAGACAAAAAUAUAGCAGGAAUAAGUAGUCUUAUUGUAUAUUGGACUAGUUCAGCCCUUGAACAGCUUUACCUUUCUUUAGUUAUGUACAUUUUAGAUAUUAUCUUGAGAACUGAUAAUGAAGCUUGGAUAUAAUUUAGAUAGAAAACAAAGAUUUUUAUUUCUUUUCCAAGAGCAAAAAAUUGCAUAACACUAAUACUUAUAACCUGUGAAAUCAGAUAUUAAUGACUUUGUAGUGUGGUAAAAUUUCGAAGAAUUCUGAAAUCUUCAGCAUAGGUAACUUGGACCACAGUUACUGUUUAUUGAUAAUGUGAUCAGUGAGUUUAAGGAGCAAACCACAGUGGAUGCAAGGCCUUGUAAAUAUAAGGGUGUAGAAAAGCAGAUGCUUCGAUGUCUACAUUUUCUAAAAUUACCUUGAAUCUUAAAUUUUAAAUCAUGUUUAUUGCUAGAAAAUUAAGUGUAGUUAUUAAAACCAACAAAAAAGCACAUUUCUGAAUGAGAUAAUCUCCAAGUCUAGUGAAGACAUCAAUAUGUUUGAGAGUAGAUAAAAUUUGGAGGAAUUUAUGUAAAAGCAAUCAUAUUUUUUAACUUAUGGGAACCAAAUAAACUCAAAGCAUCUUACAGUGUUUAUAGGAUUCAGAAGGAAUAUUUAUUUAACUUUAUUAUGAGGCAACAAAUAUUUUUCCUGUCUUUCUAGAUACACUUUGGAAAACUAUCCUUAAUAGUCCUUUUUAUAUGCUUUAUAUUUAAAAGUUUGUUUUAGUCAAUUUUGAAAAGACUAUUGCUGCUGCAAGUAGUUGUGUGAUUUAUAUUUCAAGCCUGAAUAAAUUUGUUUAUUUAAGAGCAUCAUAACCUGACCUGAGCAUCCACUUGGAGAAUGUUGUCUUGUGGUUUGGAGAGAGAAAAGACUAAAAAAAAAAUUAAAAUAAAGAUGUAGUUGAGCUUUUCUUUCUUUUAUAAACUGUGUAAUUAACUUUCUUCAUGAUCCCAGACCAGAUAUAGCAUAAGUCUAUAUGUAAAAAGCAAAGUCUUAUUUAUGGAAGGAAUUAUUCUAAGGGAGAAAUCCAGGGUUAAGCUGUGUGUUUUAUGUCCUUCUAUUUGCAUGUCUAUUUAUGUUACAAAAUUUGUUAUUUCUUCAAAUUUCCUAUGGUAGCAUGAUAAAUCAUCAGAUAACCUGUUUGGGAUAUACAAUUUGGGUGCAAAAUACUUGGUCUGUCUCUUGAUUAUAACCUGGAAUAGACAUCUGUUGUUAAAGUAAUCAUAUAUACUAUGAAACUCUUUUGACUCAAACAGGUUGACCUAAUACAUGUUUACUCUUGAUAUUCUCUUGUUUAAGGAAGGAAACUCAAACUUCAGGGUUUGUUUUUCCCAGAACAGAUAGUAGUAAUAGUGCAUUAUAUUUUAAUAAGAACAAAACAAUAAAUUUGAGAAAUUCAAAGAACCAUAUUUGAGGCAUAUUUUUCCAUAAUUAUAUUCUUACCUAUUUAUUGCCCUUGAAGAAUACAUGUGUAGAAACUAUUCUUCUGUCAUUUGUUAUUAUCUUAUUAAUUUGUUCCAAAGAUAAUACUGCCAUUCUGCAUUCCCUCUGGAAGGAAAAAAAAAACCAACUCAUUCAAAACCAGCAGUGCUGCUAUCAGAUAAGUAGAUGUUAAUGUAUACUUAGAAGAAAAACCUUAAAAAUGUAAUGUUUGUUAAAUCAGACUUUUUCUAUGUAAUAAUAUUUCUGAGUCAGGCUUUCUUACAUUCCUGGAAUUCAGUUUAAUAUACCAAGAGUAAUAAUGAUAAAAUGUUCACUUUGAUUACUGUGGUGGGGAAUUAAAUGUUCAGUUCUGUUAAAACCAACAAACUUCUCAGAGAUACUACUUUACUAUCCUUAAAGAUUAUAAAAAAUUUAGACCUAUUGUGUCUUUAUUUUCUUGUAUUUUGCUCAAGGUAGCAAAACAGGUAUUCAGGCAUUUCAUUGCUGAUUGUGUACAUAGGAAUUUAAAAGUGAUAUGUUAAACUCUUUCUUAAUACAUGAAAACUGUUACAUGUACACAGCUAGCAGAAGUUAGAAUUUAAACAUUUUCUUUUUAAUUUUUAUAGGCUGGAUUAGGGGCACAUUUGUAUCAAUCAAAGCAUCAUUAGAAUUAACAAAAGAGGCAGAUGAAUGAAUGGAUAUGAUUACUGCACUUUCCUCUUACUUUCAAAGACUAUUCCUUAGAGUUAGUAGCCUGUCUUUAUUAACAGUAUGAACAUUUUCUUCAGGUCUAAUCACAUUGCAUCAGUAAUGCUGUGAAUUCUAGUAUUUGACAAUACUUAUUGUAUGUGUGUGUGUAGCUGUGUCUGUGUGUAUGUUUCUGAAGUAAGGUUCCAUGACUUCUAUUAAAUUCUCAAAGGAAUCUGGAAACUUUACCUCAGUUGUAAGAAUCACCAUUUUAAGAAUACACACACAAAUAUACAUGUACACACUUAGCUUUCUGAACCAGCUACAAUUGGCGUUGGUUGUACACCAGUCCAGUGUGCUUAACUAAAGUAAUGUCUUCCAUGUUUCAAGGUCAGGUAGUUGAAUGAGGCAUAGCGUAGGAUUAGGUUUUGGAAUAUAAUUGUAUCUCAUUUUUAUUGUCUCAUGUGAUAGUAUUUGUUGCUUACUUCACACUCUGUUUUGAAUUCUUCCUCAUACUUGUUGAUCCUUGCUUAGCUAAAAAAACUUAAUAUGAGAGAACUUAUAUGACUGAACUCAACAUCAAUCUUUUUUAUAUUUGCACAAAAUGUAACUAGCAUUUUAUUUUCAAUUAAUCACAAACUCAGUUCACUAAAAGAGAUCUUGAAAGGAAAAAGGACUAGAAGGCAAAUAUUUAAGGAAAGAAUAAUUAUGAUCUCUAUAUUAAUGUUGGCAUACAAAACAGAUAUCUGUAAAAUCCUGCAGGGGGGAAUUGAGAUAAUUUUCAGAACUGUCUUCAAGGAAUCUUGAUUAUUUAAAAUUUUUAAGUAUUAUAUUUUGUUAACUUUCCUCUCAAUGUACCUGUGAUUUUAAAACAUGGGAAGCUUAUAGAUUUGACACAUCACUCAAUACUUAGUCAUGCAUCUUAAAAUAUAAUUGAAAACUUAUAUUUCAUAAAUUAAGAUGGUGGUGUUAAAAUUAGUCUAAAAUUUGUAUUUUAAUAAACUGGAUAUGUGAAGUUCUGGAUCAUUUUGUAUUUAAGAAUCCAGUUUUAUCUUGCCUUGAGCAAACUUUCUGUGCCUCAAUUUGCUCUUUAAAUGUGUGAAGAAUGCUUUUUUAAAAAAGUGUUUUGCACUCCUGAAUAAUGGGCAUGGUAUAAGCACAGAGUAUUACAUAAACUAUCACUAAUAUUAUACUUUUUUUUUGUUUGUAAAUGUGAGACUUUUUUCCCAAUGGAAUAAUGUAUCUUAACCCAGUUUUGUUAAUACUGUCAAAAUUUGUAGAAUUGUCUUGUCUUUGGUAUGGUGUCAUCUCUUCCCAAAAUGUGUUUUACAGUUGCUUUUUUUUUUUUCUAUAGACUGUAGAGUCAAAAUAAGAGUAUUUACAGAGUAUAAGAAGCAUUUUAAAAUCUGUGUUUUUCAAUAUCUUUUACAGAUCUAAACAUUGAGAUUCUCAUUACUUUCCCCCACUGUGGAAUAAAAUACAAUGGUAUCAAGUUACUAAUAUGUUAAUUUUUUACAUAGGUGAAAUUCAUUCAGAUCUGUCAAAUACUUUCAUUUUAGGGCUAUUUUAGUUAUUUGUGGGUUUUUUUUUUUUUUAGUGUAAAAUAUUGUUUGAUAAUGUGCCAUUAAGUUCUUUUCAGAAAGGGACUGAAAAUAGUAAAGGAACUCAUUGGAAUCUUAGAGUUCUUAGUUUCUCUGAUAAGUUAAUGUCUUUUGUUAGUAAUGUCCAACUCUUCUGAGACUAUUGGGAAAACAUGAAAAAUUGAGGUUAUUCUUCUCAGGUGAUUCUAAACUAAAUUUUAAAAUCAAAGGCUUCCUGAUUAAGUAAAUUGCAAAAUAGAGAUAAUGGAGUGUGAGGGGAAAAUUGUAGGACUCUGGUAAGCUUAACUUUUUGAAAAUCGAUCUAAACUUUAAUUCAUGCAUGUCUCUUACUGAAUCCUAGUGUUUCUGCUGUUAGAGUUGAAUAAAUUGUGAUAUGCAUAUAUAUUUUUACAUGAGAGAUUCUAGUUUCUAAUUUCACUUUUCUGAUCUCAAGAAAAUUAAACUCGAAAAACAGGGUAAAAUUCUUCAACUGUUGCCUCAAAUUCAGCAUUGUCCUAUUGUCCUGAAAAAAGAAGAGACAGAUUUGUCUACUAACACAGAUUGUUUUACGGCAUAGUGGUAGCCCAUUUUAGGUACUAAGAUAACAUGGCAGAAAUAGAAAUCUUAGGCUUUGAACUACAGUAGAUUUAAAGAGAAAACAAAACAAAACAUUGUUCUACAAUAAUUCUAUUUUGUCUGAACUGUAUUCUGAGGAUUCCUUCAAAGCAUUUAACAAUUUAUCCCUGUUACCUUUAAAACCCUAAUGGUGAUCCACAUUGUAAUAUCUUGUUUUGAGAGAUAGGGAUACCUCCCUCAUAAAUUAAGAGGCUGCAAAAAGCAAAGCAAAAUUCUUUGGGAGGUGAUCCUGGUUUCUUUGGCCUUUGUAGUUGUUUCCAGCUUUAAACAGAAAGUCAUAAAACUGAAAUGCCGCUUAAAUUGUCAAAUCAGUGGCCUGUCCAAAGGGCUUGUAACUGAAAUGCCCUACAAGCAGUUGUACCUAAUGCAAUGUCUCCAGACCAAGAUUGUUAUUUACUUUCUGAAGAUCUGUCUUAAAUGUCUCAAUUUUUUCAGUUAUUGUUCUUUUUCACAUAUGAGUAAUAUGAAAUAACCAUUUCCCUCCUCAGGGUACAUAUGAUAUCUUAGCAUUACAGAUUUUUAAAGAUGAGGCUUUCAAAAGCCUCCAUUGGUUUUUGUGAAAAGGUUAUGUAUUCUUCAAUAAAAAGGUGAUUCUCACAUAUCCACAAGUCACAAAUAGGACGAUAUAAUAAAGAUUGAUGUAUAAGUUUUACACAGCAGUCUGCAAAAGGGAUAAGCUUUACCUGUGAAACUUUGAAAGUACCCUGAAAGUCAUUUUCUAAAGCUAAUGCAUAUAAAUCUUUUUCCUUGAAUUUUGCACAAUAAUUGUACUGAGGCACAUGUUUUGGGGAAAGCAACUAGGAUGGUAUAUGGCUGCAAAAAGUAACCAUGAAACUUAGCAAGAAAAAGAAACAUUUUCUUCCUCCACUUUACUAUCAGAACUAAUUGGGUCAAGAAUUUGCUAUGAUAUGUUAUAGAUCUCUGUGCCAGACCAAGAUUGGUCAACUGAGUUUUCAAAGAGUUUAGAUAUAUAGAUUGUGUGUGAGUGCCUACAUUUUUCUACUCUUUUCCUCUUGUCUUAAUAUCCUGUCUACCUAUGAAAUAAUGCAUCUCUUUUGCUUUGUGACUGCUGCAUUUCUAGUGAAGGAAUAAUAGGGGCCAGCAUUGUGGCAAAACAGGUUAAGCCGCCGCCUAAGAUGCCCAAACCAUAUGAGUGCUGGUUCUAGUCCAGGCUGCUCCAUGCUUCUGACUUCAGCCUGGCCCAGCCCCAGCCAUUGCAAUCCCGUUAGGGAGUGAACCAGUGGAUGGAAGAUCAAUCUUUCUCUGCCUUCCAAAUAAAUAAAAUCUAUUUAAAAAGGAAUAAUAUAAACCCUAAAAAUUAAAAGGAAAGAUCAUUGAAAGACCCCCCCCCCUUUUUUUUUUAAAUUAACAGACACCUAAAAGCACCUACCCAGCUUAGGGUUGAACUGAAUUUCUAUGAAAUAAAUGUAUUGCUUUAAAUGCUAAUCAUGCUAAAACUAAUUAAAAACUGUAUCUUAAGCAAGUUCAAAAGCUUCAUUUUUGGAGGAUGUUCCUAAAAAGGCAUUUUGAACAUAGAUGGGAAUGUAUAAAAUAUUUGUAACAGUUAUUCAGUAUUACUCAACAUUUAAUUUCAUGUUUGUUAUUGUACCAUAAGGAUAGUGUCAUUGUUGGAUUAAAAUGUUGGAUGUUUGUUAAUACACUUAAAACUGUUAACCAGUGAAUAACACCUGUAGUAUUUUUUAUUAUAGAUUAUAUUUUAUUUCAAUAAACUUUGAUAU